ACGCUCAUGAAUAGAGGAGCAAACUCAGAUUCCAUUCCUACUGAUCUCAUUUACGAGAUACUCUCGAGAUUACCUGCAAAGUCAAUCCUUAGGUUUCGAUGCGUGUCGAAGCUAUGGAAGUCCAUUAUCUGCCGUCAAGAUUUCACCGAGUUGUUCCACACAAGGUCCUCAUCUAAUCCACGUCUCUUAAUUGGGGUCGAACAAGGCGGUGUGUGGAGCUUCUUCUCCUCUCCUCAGGCUCAUGAUCAUUAUGGGAAGUCGUCUCUUGUAGUAGCCGCCGAUUUUCAUAUGAAGUUUUCUAGAGUCGAUGAUGAAUUGGUUUAUCAGAUUCUGAUAUUAGGAACUGAAAAUAUGAAGUGGAGGGAGAUCAUAUGUCCCUUAACCUAUGGACCCUAUGGUUAUCGUUGGGAACAUAUAUGCAUCAAUGGGGUUUUGUAUUACAUAGCUGAUGAUCCUGAUGAAGAGCAUGAUAUGAUAGGUUGUUUUGAUGUUAGGUUUGAGAAAUUCAAAUUUGUACAUCUAGCCCCAUACUGCUUACCUAAUUGGUCUACUAAAUUGAUAAACUAUAAAGGUAAAUUAGGUGUGAUUAAUUUAGAGGAUGAUUAUGAUGAUGGUGGAUUUUCCCUUAAGAUAAGUAUGUGGGUUCUAGAGAAUGUCGAGAAACAUGAAUGGACUACAUAUGCCUACACAUUGAGGGCUGAGAAUAAAGUCGUUAAGGUUAGUCAAAAUCUGUCCGUUAUUGGAGUGACUGGUUCGGGUGACAUUGUUUUGGCGAACCAUAAUUUAUAUAAACCGAUUUAUGUUUUCUACUUUAAUCCAGAAAGGAACACUCUCCUAUGUGUUGAAAUCCAAGGUGUUAGGGAAGAGGAAGAAUGGUUUAAAAAUCAUAAAGUUUACUGCUUUGUAAACCAUGUAGAGGAUCUUAGAUUUGAUGUUAUGAAGACAACAUCUAUAAGCCCACCAGAACAGAGCACAUCAACAUCAUCUAGAGAAGCAGAAGCUCAUCAAGUGAGGACCGUUGCUCACCUGAAACAAGAUCGCUAAACGUUUUAGAGCGUUAACAAAUUUGAUGCUCUGUGUCUUUUAGAAGAUGAUUAAAAUUUACUGGUGUCAAAACCUGAUUGCUUACCUUGCACCCCAAGUCAGCUGAAAGCUCUCUAUAUGAUGCAAGUUGUAUUCUCUCUUUGUA